AAAAAAAUUAUAAAAGGAUUGAAUCUCCUAGCAAAUUCAAAAUAAAAAUUGAAAUAUGUUUUUUUUAAAAAGAAUUCUCCUAUAAUUAAUAGUCACCAAAACUACCUUUAAAUAAUUUUUAAAAUGAAUCAUAUUAAUAAUAUCAAUGUGUUUUGCGAUAGCUUUCGGGAAGGGAAUAUGAUCCUUUACAAACAUUAUGACGACGAUAACAGCACGGUAUUUCGAUUUCGAAACAGGCAUACGGUAGGGCGUGGAAUCGGUGGGUUUGGCACAUUGGGUUUUCUUCCCAAGAUUGAUGUCUCUAAUAUCUACGCUAUAGUCAUAAAAUUUCAAGAUAGAAACGUAGAAGAAGCAUGCAAAUUAUUAGAAAAUUGUGAAAUUCCCGCUCAACAAAUGAUUCAAGAUAAUAAAAAGUCAGUUAAAGGUGAAAUUUUUAUCAACUUUCUUAAACAAAUGGAAUUUUACGUGUCAAGAGAGGAGCAUACCUUUUUUACGUCAUAUUUGGUAACUAUUAAAAAGUCUCCUGAUGAUGAACCAAGACACGAAUCCUUGGAAAUAUUGUAUCAUGAUAAAAUUAAAACGGAAUUAGGCUUAGAUAGUCUUGGUACUUCUAGUGCCACAUUUGCGCGAACUUAUCUUAUAAAAGUUCUUAGCAAUUAUGUAGUUAAUAUGUAAUCUUAAUAUAAUUACAUUUUUAUAUACAAUAAACCGUUUUUAAAUUAAUAAAAAUAUAUUUACAUUUAGUUCGUUAAACCCUUUUUUAAAUUGUAAAUAUAUUUACAUUAGUUGUAUAGUUCAUAUUAUUUGAGUUAAACCCUUUUUUUUU